GGCUCCAAAGGGCCGAGUGGCGGGUCUGGACGGACGGGCCCCAAAGGGGACAAGGGGAACACCGGAGGACCGAUGGGCCCCCAGGGACUGACGGGACCCAAGGGCGAGCCCGGAGAGCCCGGCGCGGGGAACCUGGGUGAUUUGGCUGCUUCAUCCAGAGGCUCUCGCGGUCCUAAGGGGGAGAGAGGGAGUCCCGGGCCUGCCUGGAGACCACGGGGACAAGGGCGACCCUGGAGAGAGCAUCCUCGGACCCUCUGGGCCCAUGGGACCUUCAGGAAACUCGGGAAUUGAGGGCCCUCGAGGAAUCCCGGGCUUACCGGGAGCCAGCGGUUCUCCAGGAAGAGAGGGCCCCCCUGGGAGGUCGGGUACCCCAGGUUCCCCCGGACCCCCCGGAGUCCCGACUGCCUUACCAAUUGUCGGAGAUAUGGGAGCCCUGCUAAAGAACGCCUGCAGUGUGUGCCAGACCAGGCUCCCCGGCCUGCCCGGGCAGAAGGGCGAGAAGGGCUCCCUAGGAGCCGCUGGAGUGCAGGGUGUGGAGGGCGAAAAGGGCGACCAGGGAGUGAGGGGAGCCAUGGGGAACCCGGGGAAGGAGGGACCGAAGGGGGUCAAAGGAGAGAGGGGCUUCCCGGGCCCCACGGGGGACAAAGGCGAUGAGGGGACCCCCGGAGUACCAGGACUUCCAGGGGUGACAGGAAGAACGGGUUCCCCAGGGAUUAUGGGCCGGUCUGGUCCCGUGGGUCAAAGUGGAUCUAAAGGGGACAAGGGGACUGAAGGCCAAACGGGCCGACCAGGACUUCCUGGGCCUCCCGGUGUUCCCACUGUGGAGGGGAACGGGAUGAGCAGCCUCUACAAGCUCCAGAGCGGCGGGGCCGUCCUGGGACCCCCCGGAGCGCCAGGUGCACCGGGUCCCAAAGGAGACGACGGCAUCGUGGGGGAGCCCGGCCCCAUGGGAUUGCCUGGGCUUGAAGGACUGCCUGGUGCGAAGGGUGACGUCGGCCUGCCUGGUCCCUCUGGAGUUCAAGGCCCUACAGGGAAGCCCGGGAUGCGUGGAGAUCCUGGGUCCUCAGGGGAGCCGGGCGAGAGGGGUCCGCUCGGAGAGACGGGCUUCCCGGGGCCGGAGGGACCGCAAGGUGUUCCCGGAAGGCCUGGCAAAGAUGGGAUUCCUGGAUAUGAGGGUGCCACAGGUAGACCGGGGGAGCGAGGUUCUAAAGGAGAACGGGGCGACCCAGGCAUCCACGGAGCCAGAGGAGUUCAGGGGGAGAGGGGACGGAUGGGGGACCCCGGGAUCAUCGGACCAAUGGGACCCUCGGGCCAGAGAGGAGACCCCGGACCCCCCGGUCAACUAAAUGAUGCCAGCUCCAUGGAGGAAAUUAAAAUGUUUAUCCGAAAUGAAGUGUUGCGGGUGUUUGAAGAAAAAUUAUCCAGCUAUACCACCCUGCAGAAGACCCCAGUCGGCCUGCUGGCAUCCCACGUAACUCAGGGCCCCCCCGGGCCCUCAGGCAAGGACGGUACCCCGGGCCCUUCAGGAGAACCAGGGCCCCCUGGCCCUCAAGGUUACAGAGGUCAGAAGGGCGAGCGGGGUCAGCUGGGUCUUGGCCUACCAGGAGAACCGGGGGCUACAGGCGCACCAGGCCCAGCGGGGGUCUCUUCCCCGGGCCUGCCUGGUACCCAGGGCCCCCACGGUCCCCCCGGGCGGUGUGAACCCGGGGACUGCCUCCCUCUGGCCUCCAGAAGCCGUCGUAACGGCUAAGCUGGUCGCCUGAAGACCGGGUCCCAUGUCCGGUCUGAGCAGAAGACCUAGAACGGGGAACACCCCACCCCCCCCCCCACCCCCCAUGUGGGAGGCGGAGCCACGCCCCCAUAAUGACAUUUCACCGCGGCCGACGGCGGUUGCAAUUUUUGUUUGUGUUUUUGUUUUUCGUUCCUUGUGUGUGUGCGCGUGUGUGUUAACCCUUGCAGCAAUCGGAAAUAUUUCUGAAUUUUUCAUUUGAUAUGCUGUAUUUUUUUAAUGUUUUUAUUUUUUAUUUUCACAACCUCUGCUGCGAUCUAUAAUGCAUUCCAUGUCGAUUAUCUCCGUGUCUCUUAACGCCCGUGAAACACGAUUAGUUUUCUCCAUCAUGUUUUCUUCUGGCAUUGCUAUGCAUACAUCUGUCCAUCAAUCAACUCCAUUGUGUUUAUGUGUGUGUGUCACAUAUCUAUCUGUUUGUGUGUGUGUGUCUGUGUGUGUGUGUGUGUGUGUGUGUGUGUGUGUGUGUGUGUGUGUAUACAUGUUUGUGUGUGCGUGUGUGUGUUUAUGUGUCUAUUCUCUGUGCAUGUCCUAUCUCCUCUCGUGCAAGCAUAAACGGGCCAGCGAGAUCGAGUUUAACGUGUGCAUAUUUUUUAAUGCGUAGGUGUGAAACACUUGUAAGAAUCUAUAUGCAAACCAAAAUGCGGGAUAUCAUAACGAUAGGAGAGUUAAUAGCUAUUUUAAGUGGUAGACAAUAACAAGUUUAAUGUUGCAUGUAUGCCCAUUAUAAUACUAAUAGAGCUUGGGUGACAAUUUAUUUUUCCUCUUUCAAAAACUGCCAGAAAGAAUCGUUUGGUAUCUGAAAGAUCAAAUGGCCUUCCGCUGCAACAUCUAAACUACAUCACUGCUUAACCGUUGCUAUACAUCCAAACAGCUCAACGCCAAAGCAACAACAACAGCUGCAGUUGUGCCAGCGUUGCAGAUGAGCAGAAUGUAACGUGUCUAAUGCAGUGUGCGUGCUAUAGAAGUGAUGGAAUAUCAUUCUCACACACUUGUGAGCCCGUCUCUGAAUAAGCCUUGGGCAGUGGAAUAAGUGUUCCUUUAACUCUCCUGCUUCAUGGGCCGAAUAAUGGGACCUGAAGAUAUAAUUGCAAAAGCAAGUCGUCUUUGUAAUGAUUCAUUUAAGCUCUUUUGGUUGUAUGUUAUCCUGUGUAGAUGACGUAUGAGGUUAUUUCAGAAGCUGACGUACACUGACUGUUGUUUACAUAGUGUUUUGCUGUAAUUCCUCCAUUGUUUGUAACUAUGUUCAUGUUCCUCGAUGUUCCUCCAAUGCCACAUUACUUACUGCACUCGGUACGGUACUGCUGGGUUCCAUCUCAGCAGUUUAUUCUUUAGUCUUCUCAAAUCUACUUGAACAGUUGCUGUUUUAUUUAUUUAUAUCACUGCUCCCAGUACAUCAGGCACUGGCGCCCGGUUUUCCACUUGUUGUACUUGAGUUAAAUGUGAACGCGUGUCGUCUCCAGACUGGAUUUUUUUAAUGUUUUAUUAACGCUUCACAUCCACAUCUAAUCAAGAGUUGAGUGUGUGGAGGCGUUGAUGGCGAUAUGUGCUGUAGAAAUUCUAAGUUACAACACAUUUUACCUAAGAAUAGCAGUACACUGGUAAUCACAUUUGUUUUAAAACUCUGGGAAAUAAUAAGAGAAUAGUUUGCAAAGUCUGUCGUGAUUUCCAUGAACUUGAGAUGCCUGCUUCUAGUUUCCCUUCUGUCCAUUCAUACACGGUUGGAAGUGGCUAUAUAGACCAGAGCAUCAAUUUAUGUUCAGAUUUGAGCCCUUAAAGCAUUUUAGAUGAGCUUUACCAUUGUGUUUUCAGGUUUAGAUUUUUGACCUUUUCUUUUUUUAUUUAUCUGUGGGAUUUCGUCUCUGCCAUGAUUAAUAUUGAAAGGUUUCUUGAAAACCUUUGAUUUAUAGGGAUUUUCUUUCUGAGAACACAAAAUCGAAGACAAUUUAAUUGUAAUGUACUUAUACACAAAUAACGUAUGCUUCUUUGCUUUUGAACGUGGUGUAUGAAAAAGUGCAGGCGAGGGUAAGGCUGUCAAUGCUCUCAUUAGGCAGAAAAAAAAAAUACCACCGCGGACAUAUUCUGUGAUGCGAAAGAGCCCCCUGCUGGAAGUAAUUAUUUAUGCACCCAAUAUGGUAUACUUUCAAUUAUGUUGAACAUAAACUUACAGAGAUGUUCUCAAUAUUUGAUCUGAACCAGCACUUUGGAAUUGUAUACUGCAGGGGAAUAAAUGAGCUCAUACAUAUAAUUUAUUUGGAAUCUAUGUAGUAUUGGCAUUUGUCCUUUUGUGUCUUAAUUCUGCAACAUACAGGAAUGACAGCAAAAGACUGCCUUCUUAAAUAGCAACGUUGUCUUCAUGGCUGUCUUCACCACCCUAAUUGAUUUAUUUUGAAAGCAGAAGCUAAACGGGGCAUUUAGACAUAAACUAGUCCCAUAUGGUAGUUACGUAUAUAUAUAUAUAUAUAUAUAUAUAUAUAUAUAUAUAUAUAUAUAUAUAUCCAUUGAAAAAAUAAACAUGUGUCAUGCGUGUGAUGCUGUGAUUCUAGCAUUGUUACCCUAUCAUUUGGCCUGAAGUAAGCUCAAUGUAAGUUAUUGGUUUCUGAGCAUGCUUCCACGGUAGAUCAGUAAUGCCAGUGAUGAGUCUGAUGAUUUUGUUAUUGACUGAUUUGCCAGGUGUCAUUUCACAAAGCAUUUUCACAAAACUAACCGUGUGUGUGUGUGUGAUGAAAUGUUGAAUUCUUUGUGUUGCUAAGUAUCUACCUCAAUCUUUAGUUACCACAUGCCUAGAUAAUAGGCCUUUAGCGCAGAGGGGUAAUAGAAGAGGUGAACACAGGUGUAUCUCACAAUGUUAUGUUAAUGAAGGGCACUGGCAUGCCAACAGACCUGUAAUUUACUUAAUGAGCUACACCUGUUUUCCCCCCAACCGAAGCACCUUUGUUAUAAAGGCUUGUUGUUUUCAAAGUCAUCAAGCCCUCCAUGAACCAACUUUGUGUUUGAAAAUGUGUACUUUAACUGAUUCAUGAUUUCGUCUUCAUAAUAUAAUCAGUGAACUGUUGUCAUUGAACCUGGAAUAGGGUGCUUUCUCUUUUGUAGAUUAUGAGCCAAAUAUGUUGGUUCAUUUACUAUUUUUGUUACAAAGUAUUUGGUUAUUUUUACAAUUCCGUACAGGUCUUCAUUUAGCAUCCGCCUUACAUCAGUGUGAUAAAUAUUGUUCUGUCCUUCAUUAUCGGUUUAUGCGUUCUUUUUGCACCACCAGUAAGGCUGGGGGGUUUCUAUGCGGGGAUGUUUUCUAACCUUGUAUAGGUAACAAUUUUCUUCAUUUUAUGUUGCUUACUAUUUCUUUGCAUGAUCAAUUGCUUCCAAGUUUUUACACAAACUGUUUAAAUGUUAACAUUAUAUUUUAAGUUAAUAAAUUAUUUUAAGAAAUUAA